AACAUUAAACUUCCGUUUUCAGUCUUGCUAAGUAACUAACUCAUUUUAUGGCUUGACUGUGUGUUGGCCACAGCUAUUAGUGUUCAACACAUCAUAAUCGUCAGGUCAACAACCUUCAGUGUUAAUACAGUCUGUGAUUUAAAGAAACUAGGUGAGCAACUGUAGCUGUCAUAGCGCUGUUUUACAGAUACUCCAGUUCUUUUAUAUCUUUAAGCUAGCUAACGGUAGCGUUAGCAAAGGAGCUCCAGGGAUGGCGGAGGUUCCCGGGACAUCAAGUGAGACGAUAACGGAGACCGUUCAGACUAAUACACCGCCGCCGCCCCAGCAGGAGGGACGAAGCCUGACAAUCAAGCUGAGGAAGAGGAAGACUGAGAAGAAGGUGGAGUGGUCCAGCGACACUGUUGACAAUGAGCACCUGGGAAGAAGAUCUUCAAAAUGCUGCUGUAUUUAUGAGAAGCCUCGACAGUUUGGAGAGUCAUCCUCUGAAAGCGAGGGAGACGAUGAUGAAGAAGGGUGUGGCAGUGCUCACUGUAUCCUGGGCCACGGCAGGAGAGGCCAUGGACAGAGAGGGGCCGGGGGAACCACAGUGCCCCCAAACUCUGGAGGGUCACACACCCACUAAUGAGCAUUGCAGUCCGAUUGUGGGGUCUCAGUGGUUUCCUCUCACCACAACAACGACACAUUGCAAAACUGCACUCUUUUUUAGAUUAGUUCCAUCACUGAGGUACAGGCAGGCCUGGUGCUGCGUUCUAGUCAUGAGUCAGAAAGUCCCAGCUGCUGGAGCAGGAUUACAGCCCCUGUGCUGCUGCUCUGAAAAACACAGAGCAACAUGGAUUAUUGAAGUUAGCCUAAUUGAAAAUCCUGCUCUCCUUUCUACAGCUAAAAGCAUGCUCAGUAUUGUGCCAACUAAUAUACAUAACAUGAAAUGAUAACAAUUAGGAGUGAUUUUAAAUUUCUUUUUUACUCAAUUGUAAAGGACACAUGUUGCAAUGAGAAUAGAAUUUAAAAGACCAUACCAGUGUUUUUUUUCAUGUCUUAGCCCUUUUACUACAAAUCACACACGCUACAUAUCAGAUUUCAGCUGAGCAUUUCCCAAAGCAUGAUGCAGGGUGGUAGAUUUUAAAAUACUUACCUACUUUCCAGGCAGCCUUUGGUUUCUAUUCAUUUCACAGUGCUUUGAAACUAAACUUUGAUAGUUCGUCACAGUGAGUAUCAUCUUUGCUUUUAUUUAUUGCUGUUGCAGCCAGUGGUUAUUCUCCUCAUCCAUUAAUCUGCUGGCUGUUAACAGAGUAAUCAUUUCUAUGUCUAUAAAAUGUCGGGACGUAGAGAUAAAAUUCCAUCACACCAUAUAUGACCAGCAGUCUAAAAUCCAGUUUACUCUUAUACAUGACAAAGACAAAUCAGAUCGUCACACUGCAGAGGUUAGACCCAGUGAAUGUUGGUGUUGGUUUAUAAAAUACUGGUAACCUAUUAUCAGCAUAGUUACAGAUUCUGUCAGUCCCCUAACUAACACACUAACUAAUCAGUUCAGCUCUAUUAUUGAUUUUUGUUUUUUUUAUUUGUCAAUUAAUUUAAUAGUUUUCACAGCCUGAACUUGACAUCUUGGCCUGUUUUGUUCCAAAAAAAAAAAAAAGAGAGAAAAGAAAAAAAGAAAAGUAAAGAUACUCUCUUCACAGAUGUUCAUUGUCUGAUUAAAUUGGAACAUUUUGCUGAUUAAACAACUAAAUAAUAACCAAUUAAUUUUCUGUCAGUGCAUUUUAUUUGCUUAGUUAUUUUAUUUCUAUCAGCCUGCACUUACAUGUGCAUUACCACCCAUUUGUAACAAAACCUUUCCAACAAUUAAAGAAGAUACAUGAAAAUAGAAAUGAUGGAUUAUAUUAGCUAAGCAGGUUUUAAGCUUCUGCAAGUAUGAUUUUAUACUGCCUGGAAGGUCAGACAAAACAAGAUCAUUUAAAAUCUUAUAAGAGUGCAGUAUGCUUUGGAAAACUGUCAGCAGAAGUUAUGUAAACUAUGUCUGUGAUUUGUCAUAAAUGAGAUAAAACAACUAAAAACACUUUUAUGAUAUACGGUGUAUGCUAAUGUCACCAUAAAAAAGCAACAGAGAAUAUGGAUUAAUGAUUUAUUGAAUUAAAUUACAAAUUCUCUUCCCCUUUCAACAGCUAAAACACGUUCAACUUUGUGCCAACUGAUAAUUGUAAUGUAUUAAUGUAGGAGCUACAAUAGAACUGGACUAUUAUCAAUGGACAGAUACCAGUAUACUAACCCCUCUACUGCAAAUGACAUUUCUGAACAUAACUGUAUUUGCUUCCAUUUACAGACAUGUGAUAGUGCUGAAGAGCUUCAAGAGUCUAACAGUAUGGUUUUAUUCUGUAGUAAAAUGAGUGGAAACCAAUGGCUUACAACCUAAAGACAUCAAACAGUUGGGAGUGCUUUGGAAAAUGGUCCUCAGCAGUAAUGUGAUGUGUCUGUGAUUUGUCAUAAAUUAGCUAAAACUGACUUUAAUGUCUUUAACUAUAACGUCACCAAAACCAGAAACCUUUGCUCAGACUCCAUGCUUAUAAUUCCGAUUGGAAAUGCCAUCACUGCACUUUCCCUGGCAUGUAUAUCAGACUCUAUGACAGAGGCUUCUCUGGAACGCAGCACACAGUAUACUGGGAGCUUUGAGGAGAUGGAGAUAGAGAGGCCAUAAAAUGCUGUCUGGCUGUGUAUUUUCUUUUGACAAAGUGGCAGAGUUAAUUGUAUAUAAUACAGCACAUCGCUUUUUAUUUUUUUAAUUUAUUUUCCGGUCUUAAUUCUAAACUUGCUAAUACUUGACAUGCAGUCGACCACUGUCUGUGUAGUAACACUUAGAAAUUACAAACCAAUGUGUGAGAAUGAGAACAGAGAGGAUUAAAGACUGGACAGGGAUCUUUUUUUUUUUUUUUUUUUAACAUUUAGUUGAGGAGGCGUUUGAUGUUUCUCAUUUAUAGACCACUUUUAAAGCUGACAGAACAUGUUAAUUACACUUACACUUAAUUACAUUAUUACUAGAUUUGGUUUUAGCACCAUUAAUAUACUCUAUUAGGCCAAAUUAAUCAGUAUUACAGAGCUCAACCCUGGGACCUGUUCUUCAUAUAACUUCAUGAAUUUGAUUUUAUCACUGAUGAUUUAACACAAGGCUUUUUCAGCUCUUCAAACCUGUUUUAAUUGUUGUUGUCAUAGCAACAAGUCAUACAAACCUACAGAAGUGCAGCAUUCUCACAGUUAGCUGCAUCAUGACUAAACCUUUUAGGGUUAACCCAAAAUAUGAAGUCAUUCUCAGUCACAUGAUUCCUUGCAUGUCAGAUAUUAAUAAAACAGAUGAGAUUGUGUGAUUGACUGUAAAAUACCUAUAUAACUGAUCAGCUAGGCCAUAUCAUAACAGAAAUUCAGACCUGCUUCAAAUUUGGUUUCUAAGAUAUGAAUUCAGCUAAAGUUUCUGUUUUUAAAACAAUGGAAUCAGAACAUGGCAUUUACACAGCAAGAUGUAUAAAUGUAUUCAUACAUUGUAACAUUUAAGUAGCUUUAAUUUAUUUAAUUUAUUAGGAUCCUCAUUAGCUUCAUCGCAGCAGAGGCUUUUCUUUUCAUCAAUUUACAUUAAAUUUGAGUCAGUCUUACUGAACACACUUCACAGUUUGGUCAUAGAAAAACAUCUCGUCUUUGCCUUUAGCACCUGUUUCUGAUUUGAGGCUUUAACAGUGCCACUGCCAUUCUGUAUCCAUCAGACUAUGUCAACCAAUCAUACCUGUGCUGAUUCUGCCCUUGACUCAUGUUGUGUUUAAUUCAAAAUAGAAAUUUGCUGUUCUUAUCUUAGAUUGAAAAAUCCAUCCUCCACCUAUGAUGGAAGAACUGAAUUAGCCGUAUAGGAAUUAUCUACAUGACUUUAUCUGGUUAACGUGAUAUGUGCCUGCAUUAGUUAAACUGUAUAUGAAGAAUGGGGGCCUGGUUAGGGAGCUGUUUCUUUGGCUUGAAACAAAACAUCAGACAAGACCGAGACGUCUAGUUCUAUUAAAAUCACUGACCUAAGCUCAAAGGCUGCCAGUUUAGCUCUGACCUAACCACCCAAGACUUUUGACAUUAAACUUUUAAUUAUUUUUUUCAAAGCUGUAAUUGUCAGUUUGCUAUAAUGACUGAUUACAGGGCACUCUGUUAUUUUCUGACAGCAUUCGAUUUGUUGAAACAGAAUGUGUGUUGGUAUUUUUAACUUCUAAAUCCUCUGCUGGGUUUCAUUUGCUUGACUGAUUCCACUGUCUUCACUGGACAAUCCUAGACAUUCAGUUUUAGAGUUGUUUCUUUGCAUAGCUUGUUAAAGUGUGGUAGAGGAGGAUGGUUGAGUUGUCAGCCAGCAGUGCAGAUGGAUAAGAAAAAGUUGAUUUCCGCACUCAGUCACUUAACUCCUGAAACGAAGCACCCGUAGGUUAAAUUCAGCUGCAUGUUGGUCAUAAAAGAAAAAUCUACAAUUUGACUCUAUGAACUCGUGCUUAUGACUGUGUGAGAGUGAUGGACAUGCUUUAUUGCUAUGAGGUGAAUCUAUAAAGAUGCAGCAUUCUAUGAUUGGAGGUCCAUUCCUGACCAGGCUGUACAUAUGUAAGUGGCUCACAGCUAAUGUGGUGUACAGGACAGGAGAGGUGAAGAUGCAUGAUCGCAGGCCCAGGCUUUGUUCUCAUGUCUCAGCUAUGACCAAAACUCACCUGAUACAGGUUCCAUCAACAUCCUCCUCCUCGUCCUCCUCUACAGUUUCAGACCAUUUUUGAUAUGUGACAGUACUGUGGAUUACACUCAUUCACUUAAUUUACACCACCGCCACUUUCUGUACUAUCUACCUACAUAGACGUUGUUACAUAUGUACAUUGUUCUUGUACUGGCAAUGCAUCAUUCUGUAUAUACUAUUAAGCAUAAUGAGAGCAGAUUUAAUGUGAAUUAAAGUUUUGAACUGUGAUGAAAGCUACAAA